AUGACGGUCAACUUCGCAGGACCGUUGACGGAGGUGAAUCUAAGUCAGGAUGACUCGUCAUCAAACGAGACCAUCGAGGAGCGCUGCUUCUCAGCAGCCCUCAUCAUGCUCGAGGGCCACUACACCGUCCCGCCCAUGGGCCCUCAAACAGCUGCCAAGGUCUCAUCGAUGAUCGCCAAAACCCUCGAAAAGACACACACCUUCAAGCAUGUGAGGGAAACGUUGUCGAGAAACGUCGAGAUCUGGAUAUGGUUGACCAAAAUCUUCGGCGCCGCCAUUCCGAGUCUCACCACCCGCUCGGUAGGCCCGCUGUCGAGCCUCAACGACCCCGAGAAAGGCGUUUCGCCCCAGGAAAGCACCGCCCUGAUCGUGAAGAACCACCACAGCCUCAAGGAUGACCUCUCAAUUCUCAACAAGCUCAUGCACAUCGCAAGGAACCUACUGGUGACUUCGGAACCAGAGGUCCCUCAGGAUAUCUGCGCCGCCGUCCACUUCGACCAGAUGGUGUACCAGACUAUCAUCCUGUGCGUAAACGUCACAAGCAAGGGUUACGACGGCGAGAUCAUCGAGGACGCUUCGCGCGCCAAGCUGAACGAGAUCACGGAAAUGUACAAGAAGCUGUUGGUCACAUCCCUACAGCAAGCCCACAACUGGACAGCCAAGAACGACCGAAACAAGAUGUCCUUCUGGUACGACGUCCUCUUCGACGAAGACGCCCAGCUCGAUGAUCCUCAGGAAGGCAUGGGCGACGGCUCCGGAUUCCGCGUCGACGUCGCCAAGACAGAAAUCCACCACUGGCUCGAGCGCAACUCGAGAAUGUGCGACACCGCCCGCAAGCUCCUCUCAGAUUACUCCCGCAACAAGUCCCACAAGCCGCCGGGCGUCCUCGCCGCCAUCCCGCCCCUGUCCUGGAAUUGGCUCCCCGACGCUGAAGGGCAGGGCCUGGUCCGCGCGGACAACUACAAGGAGGGCGAGCGCGUGGUGCCGACGUGGGACCCCGAAAUCCAGGACAAGUUCGAGCAGGACCGCGCCUACUGCCGCGUCUCGCGGGAAAUCGACACCUGGUGGCUGCGCGCGCGAGACGCCAACUACGACGGCUGGUCGGUCGCCAUGCCCUCGGUCGAGUUCGCCAAGCAGAGGACGGAGCAUUGCAAGAACAACCUCGUCAGCCGCUACCACCCGGGGCCCGACAUGCGCACGACGGAAGAGACGGAGGUCGACGAGAUCGAGGACUCGGAAGACCUGCCCGAGGGCUCGCCGGAGGAGUACGCCGACGACUACCCGGUCAUCGGAAACCUAGAUGACAUGAGAAACCUCGACGACAUGAUGGACGACGAGGACCUCGACGACGACGAGUCCUAUGGUGAGGGCCCCCUGACCGGCCUCCUCACCGAGAUCCCGAACAUCCUCGACCCCAAGCAGAUCGAGGCCCUCCACAUGAUUGUUAAGUCCUGCAUCCUCGACUCCGCCGGCUCCGGCCUCACCCGCGCCGGCGAGAACCUCCAAAAGACCCGCUGCCGCAUGUUCCUCGCCCUCGACUGCGGCAAGUCUCUCCUCCGCGAGAUGCUCGUCUUCAUCGCCGUCUGGGAAAAGGAUGAGACGACGCUCAUCUUCCAAAUCACCUCCCAGCUGAUAGAGGCCCUGCACCACUCCGCCCUCAUCCCCUACGCCUGGAACUCCCUCCGCAUCCCGAAAGACAUCAUCUCCCCGGCCCAGACCGUCCUCCUCCGCCUCGUCAACCACAUCUUCCGCUCCCGCGUCGCCAACCCGCCCCAGGACAAGAAGGACCAGGACCGAGACGUCAAGCUCGUCAUGUUCUUCUUCAGCUUCUUCCGCUCCCGCAUCGUCCCCGAGUGCGUCGCGCUCAUGCACCUCCAGGCCCAGAUCCGCGAGCAGAACGCCGACCCGUCCGACUUCCCCGUCGACACCUGGGACAUGGAGCGCGCAAAGGACGGCCUGGCCCAGUACCUCGAGUUCCUCACCACCGCCUCCGAGGUCACCGAGUCCCGCAAGAAGCUCAUCGAGUGGGAGGCCGUCUACGACCUCAUCACCCUCCUCAACGGCCUCGAGGCCGGCGUCUCCAAGAAACCCCUCGUCGACGCCGUCCCCUCCCGCAACAGGCCCCAAGCCGCCGCAACCCCGGCCGCCCCCGCCUCCCCGACCGACCAGAACAGCGCCGGCAGCACGCCCAUCGUCGAGCGCCCCUACUCCACGAGCGACUCCCUGCCCCCCUCCCCCGCCCCGGCCUCCCUCUCCGACCCGGCGCACAAGUACCCCUGGUCCGGCAUCAAGGGCCAGAUCUUCACCAUCCUCGCUACCCUCCUCCAGCCCCCGCUCGGCCAGUCCUCCCCGGGCAACCCGGAGGUGCAGAACCAGAUGGUCAACCACAACGGCAUCGUGCCCCUGCUCAACUGCUGCGCCUACGACGACCACAACCCCUUCGCCAAGGAGCGCGUCACCAUCUGCCUCAAGUGGCUCCUCGACGGCUGCGAGGCCGCCAACAACUUCUUCCGCGAGCUCGUCAACCUCGCGCCCCCGACGAACCUGCGGCCCCCGCCCGGCGGCACCACCACCUCCACCAUCCGCGUGGACGGCAUCCAGGGCGAGGUCAAGGUCCAGGUGCGCUCCAACUCGGCCCCCGCGGGCGACGGGUCCCAGGAGGGCGGCGAUGGCAAGAGGCACGUCCACGAUCCCUACGGUCUCGCCGAGAGCGCCGCCAAGAUGAACAUCUCGAACAAGAGGCGGGACACCGACGAGCCCUUUACCGAGGACGACUUUAUGUAG